CAUUUAUUGGAUAGCACAUCUUCCGUUUUCUCAAAUAAUAGUGUUGAUUGGCCAAAGAAAGAAAAGAAAGAAUAAAAUGAAAAUAAUAACAAUUUUAUAAAAUUUUGCAGGAAGAUAUCCUGUUUAGUUAAAUAAACACUAGCCAGUAGUUUCAGAACGAAUCUGAAAAGCUAGACAAGUGGUCUUCUCAUAGGGGAGCAUUGAAGUGAUAUUCCUUUUGAAGGGAGAUUUGCCUUGAUGCUGAGGAAAUUCUCCUGCACUUGGUGUGGCCAAAGUGAGAGACCCGAUGGCAAAAAUCCAAACACAUGUACAACAAAUUAAUCCUAUACAGUCACAACUCUACCUGGUGCAAAAGCAAGUACAACCUCAGAAUUUCCAGAAAUUAAAGGUAGAGGAUGCCUUAUCCUACCUUGAUCAGGUUAAGCUCCGCUUUAGAAAUGAACCAAAGACCUACAAUGAGUUCCUGGAAAUUAUGAAGGAAUUCAAAUCGCAAAGCAUUGAUGCCCCUGGGGUAAUUGAUCGUGUUUCUCAUCUGUUCCAUGGUCAUCCAGACCUUGUAUUAGGAUUCAAUGCAUUUCUUCCACCAGGGUACAGGAUAGAGAUUCCAAGAAAUGGCAAUGUGCUUCCAUCACCUGGCCAUGUGACUCCUGUGUCCAGGAAGGGCACUACUGCUCUCAGUGACUCUACUGCAGGGACUGAACAGAGUGAAUCUCCCACAUCGUUAAACCACACUGACCAUCCUGCAGAUUCCAUACAGCAAGCAGGUCAUGAAGAGGAGGCUACAACACCGACACAGGAACCCCACCUGGUAGAAUUUGAUAGCGCCAUAAGUUAUGUCAACAAAAUUAAAAAACGCUUUCUUGAUCGCCCUGAAAUCUACAGAGCUUUCCUGGAGAUACUGCACACCUAUCAGAAGGAGCAAUUGAGCCCCAGAGAUUUAAAAGGGAGAUCAGGAAGUGGUAUAACAGAAGAGGAUGUUUUUGCUCAAGUUGCCAGUCUUUUCAGGGGACAAGAAGAUUUAUUAUCUGAAUUUGGGCAGUUUCUUCCAGAUGCAAAACGAUCUUUGUUUACUGGAAGUGCUACAGCUGAAAAUAAUAAAAUCAGGAAACCUAAGGAUGAAGAAAAUCAUCAUCAAAGGCAUAGCCGAAAACAGUUAAGGCCAUCCAUGUUGUCUCCAUUCAGUCCUCCUGUAAAAAAAAAAAUGAAAUUACAGUGUGUUAAAGAUCCGUCAUUGGCUGCUGUAGGAAAGCAUGGAACACUACAAGAAUUUGCCUUUUUUGACAAGGUGCGCAGAGUUCUGAAGAGUCAGGAAGUAUAUGAGAAUUUCCUUCGCUGCAUAGCUUUGUUUAACCAAGAAGUUUUGUCCGGUUCAGAACUGCUUCAGUUAGUGACUCCUUUUCUUGGAAAAUUUCCAGAACUUUUUACCCGAUUUAAAAACUUUCUUGGGGAGAGAGAGCUGUCGUUUGCUCCUCCGUUGCUAUCUGAGAGAUCUGUUGAUGGAGCUUGGCGAGAACUUGACUAUGCUUCCUGCAAGCGACUCGGAUCCAGCUACAGAGCACUUCCUAAAACAUACCAGCAACCCAAAUGCGGUGGCAGGACCACCCUCUGCAAAGAGGUCUUAAAUGAUACAUGGGUUUCGUUUCCAUCUUGGUCUGAAGACUCAACUUUUGUGAGCUCAAAAAAGACACCAUAUGAGGAACAGCUCCAUCGCUGUGAAGAUGAGAGGUUUGAGCUGGAUGUUGUUCUUGAGACUAAUCUUGCAACCAUUCGGGUUCUGGAGAGUCUCCAGAAAAAAAUUUCUCGUAUGUCUCAAGAGGACCAAGAAAAGUUUCGUUUAGACGACUGCUUAGGUGGGACAUCAGAGGUGAUUCAGAGAAGAGCAAUUUAUCGUAUUUAUGGAGAUAAAGCACAGGAAAUAAUAGAGAGCCUGAAGAAGAGUCCUGCUACUGCUGUCCCUGUUGUUCUUAAAAGGUUGAAAGCUAAAGAAGAAGAGUGGAGAGAAGCACAGCAAGGAUUUAAUAAGAUCUGGCGAGAGCAGUAUGAAAAAGCAUACCUGAAGUCUCUAGAUCACCAAGGUGUUAAUUUUAAACAAAAUGACAUAAAGGCUUUACGAUCCAAAAGCUUAUUAAAUGAGAUUGAGAGUGCAUAUGAUGAGCAUCAGGAACAGAAUUUGGUGGAAGGAAGCAGUACGUUGACAGGCCCUCACCUCAUGUAUACAUACGAGGAUAAGCAGAUUCUUGAGGAUGUGGCAUCGCUCAUUAUUUAUCAUGUGAAGCAGCAGCAAACCAUGCAGAAAGAAGACAAGGAGCAAAUUGAACGCAUCAUGCAGCAUUUUGUUCCAGACCUUUUCUUCUCCCCAAGAGGUGAGAUGAGUAUUGCAGAAGACUCAACGGAUGAAGAACUGGAAAACAAUCCAGAGGCUGGUCAAGACAGCAGUACUGAGACACGAAAGAAACCUGCAACACCAUCACAGUGUACCACCUUAGGACCUAAGUUUGAUGUGCUUGACUCUGAAGCUGAACAUCAGAAGAACUUAGAUGAUGUUUAUAGUUUGUUCUUUGUAAAUAACAAUUGGUAUUUUUUCUUGCGCCUUCAUCAGAUCUUGUGCUCACGGCUUUUGAAAAUUUACCGUCAAGCUGAAAAGCAGCUUAUGGAAUAUCAGGCAGAAAAAGAAAAAGAAAACAUACUGUGUGACAGUAAAAAAGAAAAAUCAAAUGAUCCAGCUAUGGAACUGAGGCUUAAGCAACCAACUGAGGUGGAACUGGAAGAAUACUACCCUGCAUUUCUUGAUAUGGUGAAGAGUCUGUUAGAUGGAAACAUUGAACCUACACAGUAUGAAGAUACACUACGUGAUAUGUUUACCAUUCACGCAUACAUUGGCUUUACCAUGGACAAGUUAAUACAAAAUGUUGUACGGCAGCUCCAGCAUCUUGUCAGUGACGAUAUUUGCCAAAAGGUGGUUGAACUGUAUUUGAGUGAGAGGAAACAAGUAGCUGCUGGUGGGAACUUGGCAACACAGUGUGUUCGGGCAGCAGAAGAGGCAUCCUACCAGUGGAAAGCUGAACAUCUCAUGACUGAUGAAAACUGUUUUAAGGUUAUGUUCAUCCAGACUAAGGGCCAGGUAACUAUGACAGUGGAGCUGCUGGAUACAGAGGAACCACAGCUGGAUGAUCCAGUUGAUGUUCAGCAUUUAGCAAACUAUGUGGAACAAUAUGUUCAUACUGACAUGGCACAUGGACAGCAGAACGAAGGCUUUGUAUGUAAACCUGUUUUUCUGGCACGGAAUCUGCAAAAGUUCCGUAAAUGGCAAAGCAGGAAGAUUGCAGCUGUGAGCAAAGAAGACAAGAGAGCAUGGAGACGAAGUGUUGGGGUAGAGAGUGCAAGCAAUGUUGACUGUAGAUUCAAACUCAACACACACAAAAUGGUCUAUGUUAUGAACUCCGAAGACUACAUGUACAGAUGUGGAGCACUUUGCAGAGCCAAGCAGUCACAGCCUGCUGUUUUAAGAAAUAAUCACCUUCAUUUUGAAGAGUGGCAUAACAAAUGGUUAGAAGAUAACGUAACAGAUGAGAUGGCAGAUCUUGUUCAGGACUGGCUAAUGGGAGUAGAAGAAGAAGAGUUGGUGCCCUGCAAGACACUAUGUGAGACAAUCUCAGUGCAUGGCAUCCCGGUGAACAGAUACAGGGUACGAUACAGAAAGUAUCCAGCAUCUCCAUGACUGUGUGACUGCUCUGAAAUUAAAAUGCCUAUAAAGUAUAGAUGGUGCCAUUAAAACAAGCCCAGAUCAGUCACCUGUGCAAGAAUGUAAGCUUGAAUUCUGGCCCAAAGUUACAGCCUUUGCUGCAGGCUUGUGUGUAAGAUGGACAGAGCUGACUCAUUUUUGCUUUUGCAGUCAGAACAAUAUUGCCGUAUGUUCACUUUUGCUUCCUACUUAUUACUGCUACAGUAUUUUUGCUUACCUGCAAACAAUGGGAUGUGUGUAAGCCAGUUAAAAUAUGUGCAACAGACCCUGCAAAAUGUGCACUGACAAGUUCUCAGACAAACUUGACCUUGGCUAAUUUAAAGAAAAAAAAAAGAAAAACUGUCUUAACAGUUGCUCUUGCUUUCUCCAUAAUGUACUUAUGCAUGUCCUUGUAGAUCUUGCGUCUUUGUGCAAGAAGCUCAGUUAAAUGUCCACAUUGUCUGUUCUAACAGUUGGCAUUACUGGCUGCAUUUCCAUUGGUGGAAAUAUCAGUAGCCUUAUGUUUUCAUAAAUUUUAGUGCUGAUUAUUUCACAUUUGUGGACUUUACUAUAAAUAAAUGUUAUAGAAGUCUCAAUCAUAUUGGCAGAUAGGAUUUUCUUUACUCGUGUGCCCAUGCCCAUUAUCCAUUGGACAAGUUCUGUGGAGGGUGCUUUCUCAGACCAGUUGAAUCCAGUUAUCAGUGGCAAACAUGUACAGUUAUCGCACAAAUUUAAAUGUGUUGCCAAUUUGAGGUAAUAGUGCAUUUUUAAAUGUUUUGCUGUUCGUACUGUUCUUUAUCUAUGUUUUUAUAUAUAAAUAUUUAAUAAUUUAACACCUUGAAUGUUGUUUUUUUUUGCAUACGUCUCAAGUUUGCCAUGUAGUUUCAUAUUUUUUGGGGGGGAAGGGUAAGUCAGUAUAGUAUAAAUGUCAUUUUAUUCCACAUUGUUGCACAAGCACAUAUUUGACCAAGUGUUAAUAAACAUAAAACAGUUUUGUAA